GUGGCUUGUAAAAUAGGAAGCAGGAAAGCCUGAGUGCUUAGGCUUUAACUGAAUCAAGACUGUCUCUCAGCAGUGAGGGACAGUGUAUUAAUCCGUUAGAAGCACAGACUGCACUCUUCAGUGUCACUGUGGUUUGUGUUGUCAUUGUUAUUAUUAUUUUUUUCAUGUAAGCAGGGCAAAAAGAGAAACCAGGCAGACUAUAGCAAAGCUCUCCUUAUUGGCAAGAGUCAAGAGAACGCUAACAGAGCAUUGAGAAAGUCCGUUCUCCUUUUUCCGCAAACUGCAGGUCAAAUGAGAUUCACAUAAAACAAAGGAAAUCAACUACCUUAGAGCAUGGACACCAGUAAGAAGACAGAGCCCCCUUUAUCUGUAGAAAUGGUGCAACAAAGAGCCAAUCCUGAUCGCAGUCCUUCAGCGUCGAUUUAUGUUCCAGAGCAAGGUGGCUACAAAGAGAAAUUUGUAAAUGCUGUGGAGGAUAAGUAUAAAUGUGAAAAAUGUCACCUCAUCUUAUGCAAUCCAAAGCAGACUGAAUGUGGGCACAGAUUCUGUGAGACCUGCAUGAAUGCUUUGUUAAGUUCUUCUAGUCCAAAAUGUACAGCGUGUCAAGAAAGCAUAGUAAAAGAUAAGGUAUUUAAAGAUAAUUGUUGCAGGAGAGAACUACUUGCCCUUCAAAUAUACUGCAGAAAUGAAAGCAAGGGCUGUAAGGAACAGCUAUCUUUGGGUCAAUUACUGAUGCAUUUGAAAACUGAUUGUCAGUUUGAAGAACUCUCGUGUCCUCGUGCUGAUUGCAAAGAAAAAAUACUGAGAAAAGAUUUGCCAGACCAUGUAGAGAAGACCUGUAAAUACCGGGAGACAACUUGUAAAUACUGUAAAAGCCAAGUUCCAAUGAUUAUGUUGCAGAAACAUGAAGAUACAGACUGCCCGUGUGUCAUGGUUUCAUGUCCUCAUAAAUGUAGUGUUAAAACACUCAUGAGGAGCGAGUUGAAUGCACAUUUGUCAGAAUGUAUUAAUGCCCCAAGUACCUGUAGUUUUAAGCGUUAUGGCUGCACUUUUCAGGGAACAAACCAACAAAUUAAAGCACAUGAAGCCAGCUCAGCAGUGCAGCAUGUUAACUUAUUGAAAGAGUGGAGCAAUGCUCUAGAAAAUAAGGUGGCCUUGCUCCAGAAUGAAAGUUUGGAAAAGAACAAGAGUAUACAAACUUUACAUAAUCAGAUUUGUAGCUUUGAAAUAGAAAUUGAAAGACAGAAGGAAAUGCUGCGGAAUAAUGAAUCUAAAAUACUUCACUUACAGCGAGUGAUAGACAGUCAAGCAGAAAAACUCAAAGAACUGGACAAAGAAAUCCGUCCCUUCCGACAGAACUGGGAGGAAGCUGACAGCAUGAAGAGCAGUGUAGAAUCCCUCCAAAACAGAGUGACUGAGCUGGAAAGUGUUGAUAAAACUGCAGGGCAAGGAGCUCGAAAUACAAGCCUGCUAGAGACACAGCUGAGCAGACAUGAUCAGAUGCUGAGUGUUCAUGAUAUCCGUUUGGCUGACAUGGAUCUCCGAUUCCAAGUUUUGGAAACUGCCAGUUACAAUGGAGUAUUAAUUUGGAAAAUUCGAGAUUAUAAACGUCGGAAGCAAGAGGCAGUCAUGGGGAAGACCCUGUCCUUGUACAGCCAACCCUUUUAUACUGGAUACUUUGGCUACAAGAUGUGUGCCAGAGUUUACCUUAACGGAGAUGGCAUGGGAAAGGGGACGCACCUAUCACUGUUUUUUGUCAUAAUGCGUGGAGAAUAUGAUGCGUUGCUUCCUUGGCCGUUUAAACAGAAAGUGACUCUCAUGCUGAUGGAUCAGGGACCGUCUCGACGCCACUUAGGAGAUGCUUUCAAGCCAGAUCCAAACAGCAGCAGUUUCAAGAAGCCAACUGGAGAAAUGAACAUUGCAUCUGGCUGCCCAGUCUUUGUGGCUCAAACUGUUCUAGAGAAUGGAACGUAUAUUAAAGAUGAUACUAUUUUUAUUAAAGUCAUAGUGGAUACGUCGGAUCUACCAGACCCCUGACAUACAAUAGGGGAGGCAGAUUAAACAGAAGACAACUCCGUUUGGGGUUUUUUUAUCAGUUUGUCUUCAAUCAGAGGUCCUAAAGCUCACAGAACCACCUUGUGGAACAGAUGGAAGAGUUUGAAGGCAUAACUGCAUAGGGUCCAAUUGCGAAAGUAGCAACACAUUAAGAAAUCAUACCAUGAUAUAUUUUUUAAUAGAACUAGCAACACUUAAGUUCUGAAGAAUCACUUAUCCCUCAUGAGGAUAAUGAUUAUGGUCAGAGAGGAUUUUUUUUUAACUUAUUAAUGAUCUAGUCAAUUGGAGGUGAAAAGACAUAUACAGUAUGUGCUGAUUAAAUUACUGACUUUUAUUUUAUUAAGCUAGAAUACAAAAACAAAAAACUUCACACGUGGGCUAGCUGGAAAUUGUCAGCAUGUUAAAAGAAGAAAUGAAGUAAUGUUGCAGUUAUGAUAUUAUUUGAAAAACUGAGGUGCAAUCUUGUCUGAAAUAUAGUAUAUUGUCUUUUUAA